AUGAAUACAAUCAUACUCCUAUUUGCGAUCCAAUUUUUCAGGAGUGUGAUUGCACCACCUACAAGGACAAGGAGAGCGAGGACAGUUUCGAAGGAUAGAACUUUGGUUGAUUUGAAUAUUGCUGACGCUCAACCAGCUAAGAUAGAACUUAUCCCAUCCGAUAGAUUUCCUGGUGGAACCAACUACAGGGCUGAGAAGAGAUCUAAACACCGUUACAUUAUUGGAGAUGUCGCGGAUGGUCAUGAAAUCAUUGUCCCAGGAGAUCCAAACAUUGUAAGCCGGUAUGUUCUUUUGGUUAAAAGAGAAGACAUGACAAAGUAUAUGAGAGUGUUGACUAAAAGGAAGGACAUUUAUGGGUUCGCGGGCGAAGUUCAGGAAUUUGUCAAAGGACCAUACGAUCCCCACUAUAUAAAACUUUCUCGAGAUUUUAUUAACCUGGAUCUACUCUCCCGAGAGUACAAUCAAUGUAUAAACGUUGAGCUUGUUAUGGAUUGGAGCAAGUAUGAUACAGAUGUAGCUAAUGGGACGAUCGAAGAAGGCACACCAAAAAAUCUGGGAACAUUACCUAUGAAAUAUAGUAUCAAACACUGGGCAAAAGACUAUCUCUCUAUAGGCAGAGUAAGCUUUGGUGCAUUUGUACUGGAGGAUGCAAUAUCUAGACUGACAAGCAGAGAAGUUACCUGGGAGGGAGGAAUGGAAAAGCCAAGAAUUACGGUCGUAUCGAGAAGUUCCGAUGGUACCGAGGAAAUCACAAUACAUGCACUUCAGAAGAAUAAAUUUAUAAUAGAACAUAACAGCAGGAGGGUCCGAGAGCUACUUUAA